UCUAAUCAGUAAUCAGUCAUCACGUUGCAAUCGCACCAGAAACUUUGUUUCAGCCACCGCUAAAAUAUUUCCUUGUCUAAUAUUUUUAGAUUUCUACCAACUACAAUGGCAAACGAAGCAGAACCCCAACAAAAAAUAAUUAUUACUGAUUCUUCGAAAAUGUAUGAAGAUAUGUCACCUUACUACUUGAGGGAAACGUUUUCCGACAUUCAACUAAUCCUACCAGAUAAAAAAAUUCAUGCGCACAAAAUUGUGCUCGCUGCUAGAUGCAAAUAUUUUGAGUCUCUUUUAAUGAAAGACCCAAAACAAGCUGAAAUUGCUUUACAGAAUGUGCCUUCAAAAGCUUUUGAAACAAUACUAUAUUACAUUUAUACAGGAUCCGUUGUCAUCGCAUCGGAAGACGAAAAUGAUAUAUCCGAUAUAUUGCAGCUAGCACAUGAAUAUUCAUUAAAAACACUGGAAAAGAGUAUAAACGAAAAAAUGAAUUCCAUUGUGAAUUUGUCGAAUGUCUGUUCCCUUUUAAACAAGGCCAACGCACAUGACAUGGACGAGUUAAAAGAAAUAUGUCAUGCUUUUAUCGAUGAAUAUGUUUCGCGAAUGUUUGAAUAUGAUUUUUUAAAUGUUCUCACACAAAAAUCUAUGAUUAACUUGUUGAAAAGAGAUGUGUUCCCUGCUGAAGAAAUUGAUGUAUUUAAGAUAGCGGCCAACUGGUGCAAAAUUAACAAAGACUUAGACAAGUUGGUUAUUGAAUGCAUUCGGUUUUCUACGUUAACGCGAAACGAAAUUUUAACUGUUGUUUGGCCGUCUAAAAUAGUUGAUGAAGUAAAACUCUUGAAUGCUCUUGCAACGAUUGAGGUUAACGGUCCGAAAGAAACACAGCGAUGCUUUGCUGGACGGUUGAAAGAUAAAAAUCUUGCUACAGCAAAAUAUAACGUUAAAGUAAUUUCUGGAUUAAAUACCGCAAUGUUGUUUGAAGAAACUAAAAAGCUUGAAGAAGGUGCUUAUCACAAUAAGGACGAUAAAAACGGUAUUACUGUAGAUCUUGGUGCCGUAAAAUGCUUCAAUUAUAUAACAAUGUAUAUAAUGGAUGGUACGUGGCACCAUUACUACAUAGAGGUUUCAACAGACCUGCAAAAGUGGCAUAAUGUUAUAGAUUAUAGGAAAUACUUUUGUCACUACACUCAAAACUUGUAUAUUGAAGAACAACAGGCUAGGUACAUUAGGAUAGUCUUAAAGUUACCUAUACCAAAGAUCAAUUAUGACAAGACUGUGAAAAAUUUGCGCAGGCUAUGCCCAGACAGUAUCUUUCAAAGUGAGUUCGUCGUGUGUUUUACAGCACUUUUUAUAGCAAGUGUAGAAAAAACGAAUGGUUUUGAGGAUAAAAAGAUUGAACAUUGACAAAUUAUGUAAUGAAUGGUUUACAAAAAUAGAAAAGAAACCGCUGCAUCAGAUAACUUAAUGCAUAUGCCAGUAUUUUUCCCCGAAUAUUAGACUUUUAGGACCUGUAAUUCGAGCCCAAUGAAGAGUUUAGGGUAUGGAAAUUUCAUGCUUCAACUGGUUGGCUUGAAAUAUUCGUAAAUGCCUAAACAUUUAUUUUAAGGCUAUUUCUGGUGAACCAGCAAGUGUGAACCAAGAUGUAGAAACAUUAUUAACCAAGAAUCCUCAACUUUUGAAAAUCUAGUUGCCAAAAGACAUCUAUAACGCAAAUGAAAGGGGUCUCUUUUUUAUAAACUCUUGCAGUGAAAUGGGAAAAUUGUGUUAACAUGAUCAGUAAGAAGAGAAGUAACUUAGAAGAGUUCUUUAACAUAGAUAACAAUUUAUUAGUAGCAGAUUUGACGAGUCAAAUGACGAACAAGUAGCAAAUUAUCAACAGUCUAUUGAUAUGGUAAAGGACUUGCAACAAUCUGUCAAAUAUCAGGAAGAUUCUAAAACAUUGGAAAUAUUAUUCGUUUGGAAUUACACUUUGCCAUAUUUUAUUUAAAUCCAACAACCGCCAAACUACAUAACUGGAUUAUUUUAAUGAUUUGUUCAUUUUACACUGAACUGUUUUCUGUUCAUUUUUAGUAUUCCAAAAAGUUCAUUUUCUUAUUAAUAUAGGCUUAGUUAAUACGCUUGUAAAAACGAAAUACUUAUACAAUUCAUUUUUUUUCUCAUUAACGGACACUCAAAUGGGAGGACGGGUUUUGCUCAGUUCUGAAGCUGUCCGCUGAAGAAAGAUUUCACUGUAUAUGUACUAAUGAAUUAAGUUUCAUCGUUUCUUUUAUCACUUUGAGAUACAUGUCAUAAUUUUUAGAAAUGAAAUAUACGUAAACAUACCAUUAGAACACACAAAAUUAGUUAGAUGUUAAAAGUGUCUAAUGGUUGUUUACGUUAUACGUGGAAGCACUACUAUCUAUAUGUGUGAAGUUUGCUCACACGGUGAUAUAGGUAAGCAAAAUUCUAUGGUCACACGAGUACGAUAAUAAUGCGUUAGUCCACGUAAAACAUACAGAAUUUUAUCUGCAAUAAAAUUUAAAUAAAUGAAAAAUA